UUCAAGUGUUUAGACUCAAGGAUUUAAUUGUAUAUAGUGGUUAACAUGCGAAUAGUUGUUUCUAUAGUUUUGCAUGCAUUUAUUCCUAAGACAUUCGAAUGCUUGGUACUCCUUCCGUCCCAAAUUAUAAUGCUUGUUUUUCUUUUCCGUCCGUCCCAAAAUGAUAUGCCUAUUUCCUUAUUUGAUCGCAGAGAUGGAUGGAACAGAUGAUGAAAUGGAUUUCUCAUCUGCCUUAGUACUCCCAAUUCAUACAAAAUAGAGCUUGAAUAUGCGUUUGAUGAGAUUUGUAUUGAAAAGUAGAUGGAAAUGCUGAGGGAAAGGCUUGCCGCCUAUUACAAGCCCAAAGGGGAUGAGCCUAAAGAGGAUGAUUGUAAAGCGAUAAAGAAGAAAGAGGAUGAGGACGAUGAUGACACCCAAUCUGAGUCCUACGAAUACAAAGAGGGGGAUGAUGUUCUGUGGGAAUAUUUUAUCUCAGAUCCAACGGGACACUACAAAGACUUCUAGGGGAGUAUUCCUCUCUUCUUAUCACUGGAAUUUCCUUGAAGUGGAUGAAGACUUGAAAAUGACCCAAAGGCUGUUUGGCUGGAGUUGAUAUAGGGCAAUGGAGUUUCCAUUUUUUGGAAUGUUUUGCACGAAAGUAGUGCAAUAAAUUUGUAAAGUGCUG